AUGACAUUGGCCGCCUUGUCCUAUAUCCCUGCCAGUGGUUUUGAUGACCAUUCCAGCCGCUGGCAAAAAAAGAGAUUCUCCCUGUUUGGUUCAUCUGAUACUUACGACACGAUGCGACGACAACGACGACAUUCAUCCUCACCCAUGGUUAUCGCAGCAGCCACUGAAAAAAUUGUUAAGCGACAUCAUCAUCGUGUGGAAGUGGUAGAGGAUGAAGUUGCAUGCGAUGAACUUACGGCACGCGAAUUUGCAGAGAUGGCAGGCAUUAAGACUAUUGCCUCAGAGUCAUCAUCAUCAUCCUCAUCACACGAUGCAUGCUCUUUGGAAGACAAUGAACAUCGUCUCAAUAUCUGGGAUCAAGAAUUUUGGCAACCUAUCCAUACCAGCAAAAGUAUGUCGAUCACCUCUUCCCCAACACCAAUUCACAGUAUCAGCAGCAACAUCGAUCAAAAGAAGAAGCGGCAUCGAAAUAGUGUCAUCACCAAAGGUCGUUUCCAAAUUGUGCUUGGCGACCAAGAAAAUGAUACCAGUAGCCUUCAAUCAGUGCCCUCUUCUACAUCCACCGUCGUAGAAUGGAAACGUAAACGAUCCAUGUGA